AUGGAAGAAUCGACUGCACGUUUAUUAUCUGAUGCACCUUUAGAACCAGAUGUUGAAAUAGGAAUUAAUGAUGGACAAAAAACAAACGUUAGAGGGAACACAAGCUCUUCACAAACCAAUAACACAUCAUCAACAUCAACACCUGCAGCACCAACUCAGAGUAUCUGGGAUCAAUCUAGAUUGUUGGUAGGAUUAAGAUGGUGGAAUGAUAUUCAAGAGGAUGGAUCAAACAUGUGGAUGUUUGAAAGUCGUGAUCCAUCAAGACCAGUUAAUCCAACGGAUUCUCGUAUAUUUUGGAUUUCACUUUAUGCAACAAUAGUGAUAUGGAUAUUUUUUGGAUUUUUUGCAUUAUUAAAACAAUGGUUCUUAAUUGUACUAGUAGCAUUAUCAUUAAAUAUAGCAAAUGCAAUUGGUUAUACUCAAUGUGACAAAGAUGCAAAAAAGAAAUGGGCAAGUAAUUUGGCAUCUAGGGCAGCAUCAGAAAGUCCAGGUCUUGUAGGAAGAUUAUUCACUGCAGGCAUAGGAAAAUAUUUUGGAUAA